GCGACUAUCAUCCGUGAUAUUUGGGGACACAAACUGACAGCUGCGAACGCCCAAUGGAUACAAACACCAUCGCCGCGUCUUCUUAACCUGGUCGACUUUUAAUGGGAGAAAAGCGCAACGAGUGAAGUUAAAGAGAGAAAAAAGAAGUUAUUGGAAAUUAUCGCGUCUUCCAGGUUCGAACCUGACGGGCAUCGCUAUGCUCCCAGAGUGACCUGACAUCAGCUGGUGCAGCUACCAGAGCAGGAUGUCAAUAUGGCUGCUCAGCUUCUCGUUCCAUCCGGACCCGACAGCUUCCGGCCCUUCCUGCCCGAGUCUCUCGCUGCUAUCGAGCAUCGCAUCGCAGAGGAGGCAGCCCAACGGCCCAAAGGCGAGAGACGGACCAAUGAUGAUGACGAAAACGGGCCCAAACCCAACAGCGAUCUGGAGGCGGGCAAGUCCCUGCCCUUUAUCUACGGAGACGUUCCCUCCGAGUUUGUGUCCGUCCCGCUGGAGGACCUGGACACUUACUACAGCAACCAAAAAACCUUUAUAGUAUUGAAUCGCGGGAAAACAAUAUUCCGCUUUAACGCUACGCCGGCUGUGUACAUUUUGAGCCCCUUCAAUCCUUUGAGGAGAAUCUCUAUCAAGAUCCUGGUGCAUGCGAUGUUCAGUUUUGUGAUCAUGUGCACAAUCUUGACCAACUGCGCCUUCAUGACCCUCAGCAAUCCCCCAGAAUGGGCCAAGAAUGUGGAGUACACAUUCACAGGGAUCUACACCUUCGAGUCUCUCAUUAAGAUCCUGGCGCGGGGCUUCUGCGUGGGGAAGUUCACUUUCCUGCGGGACCCCUGGAACUGGCUGGAUUUCAGCGUCAUCCUGAUGGCGUAUGUAACUGAGUUUGUAAACCUAGGCAAUGUGUCAGCUCUCCGCACUUUCAGAGUGCUCAGAGCUUUGAAAACUAUCUCGGUCAUCCCAGGGCUGAAGACCAUCGUUGGCGCUCUGAUCCAGUCGGUGAAGAAGCUGUCAGACGUGAUGAUCCUGACGGUCUUCUGUCUGAGCGUGUUUGCUCUGAUCGGACUGCAGCUCUUCAUGGGAAACUUGAGGCAAAAGUGCGUCAGAAGGCCAGGGGGCAAUGUCACGGAAAACACCACAGCGUUAUUAAACUUCAGCUCAGAGCUGCAUAACUACACCUUCAACUGGACGGUUUACAUCAGCGAUAGCAACAAUUAUUAUUACCUCCCCGGCCGCAGAGAUGCUUUGCUGUGUGGUAAUUCAAGCGAUGCAGGACAGUGUCCAGAGGGCUACGAUUGUAUAAAAGCUGGUCGUAAUCCUGACUAUGGCUACACAAGCUUCGAUUCGUUCAGCUGGGCCUUUCUUUCACUCUUCAGACUCAUGACACAAGACUUCUGGGAAAAUCUCUACCAGCAGACCCUACGUGCAGCUGGAAAGCCCUACAUGGUGUUUUUUGUGCUGGUUAUCUUCCUGGGCUCUUUCUAUCUGGUGAAUCUCAUUCUGGCUGUGGUGGCCAUGGCGUACGAUGAGCAAAACCAGGCCACUAUAGAGGAGGCCCAGCAGAAGGAGGAGGAGUUUCAAGCCAUGUUAGAACAGUUAAAGAGACAACAGGAGGAGGCACAGGUUGCCGUGGCAGCAGCAACAGAGAGUGGGGAGUACAGCGGGAGGGGGGUUCUGUCGGAGGAGAGCUCCUCCGGUGGGUCCAGAGUCAGCUCCAAGAGCGCAAAAGAGCGACGGAACCGAAGGAAGAAGAGAAAACAGAGAGAGGAGGAAGAGAAAGCCGACCAGGAGAAGUUUCAUAAGUCUGCGUCAGAGGACAGCAUCAGACGGCCCGGCUUUCGCUUCUCUAUGGAUGCUAACCGGCUCUCCUAUGAGAAGAAAUGCUCAACUCCAAACCAGUCGCUCCUCAGCAUCCGCGGUUCUCUUUUCUCCCCGAGGAGAAACAGCCGUGCGAGUCUGUUCAGUUUCCGCGGCCGGGCGCGAGACUUCGGCUCGGAGAACGAUUUCGCAGAUGACGAGCACAGCACCUUCGAGGACAGCGACAGUCGACGCGGAUCGCUCUUUGUACCUCGAUGCAUGGAGAGGCGGAGCUCCGUUGUCAGUCACUGCAGCCUCGCCCCCCGGAUCAUGCUGCCGGCCAAUGGAAAGAUGCACUGUACCGUCGACUGCAACGGCGUGGUGUCUCUGGUGGGUGGCACGUCUGUGCCAACAUCACCGAUCGGCCGCUUGUUACCAGAGGGCACGACCACAGAGUCUGAAGCUCGUAAGAAACGUUCAGGAUCACACCAGCUGUCGGAUUAUCUAGAUGAAACUGUCGCCAGAAAGAGAGCUAUGAGCGUGGCCAGCAUUCUGACCAACACUAUGGAAGAGCUGGAGGAGUCGAGACAGAAGUGUCCUCCCUGCUGGUAUAAGUUUGCGAACAGUGUUUUGAUCUGGGACUGCAAUCCGAAGUGGCUUAAGGUGAAGGAGAUUGUCAAUAUGAUCGUGAUGGAUCCAUUCAUAGACCUGGCCAUAACCAUCUGUAUUGUCCUCAACACUCUCUUCAUGGCGAUGGAGCAUUAUCCCAUGACAAAAGAGUUCAAUGAUGUCCUGUCUGCGGGAAACUUGGUGUUCACUGGGAUCUUCACAGCUGAGAUGUGUCUGAAGCUGAUAGCUCUCGACCCGUAUUAUUACUUCCAGCAGGGCUGGAACAUCUUUGACGGUAUCAUCGUGAGUCUGAGUCUCAUGGAGUUGGGCCUGGCCAACGUGGAGGGACUUUCUGUGUUGCGUUCUUUUAGAUUGUUACGAGUCUUUAAAUUAGCAAAGUCGUGGCCCACUCUUAACAUGCUGAUAAAGAUCAUCGGUAACUCAGUCGGUGCUUUGGGGAACCUGACCCUCGUCCUGGCCAUCAUCGUCUUCAUCUUCGCUGUGGUGGGGAUGCAGCUGUUUGGAAAGAGCUACCGUGAAUGCGUCUGUAAGAUCUCGAAGGACUGCGUGCUGCCGCGCUGGCACAUGGACGACUUCUUUCACUCCUUCCUGAUCGUGUUCCGGGUGCUAUGCGGCGAAUGGAUCGAGACUAUGUGGGACUGUAUGGAAGUGGCUGGACAGUCCAUGUGUCUCAUUGUUUUCAUGAUGGUCAUGGUCAUUGGAAAUCUGGUGGUGUUGAACCUCUUCCUGGCCUUGCUCCUGAGCUCUUUCAGCGCCGACAAUCUGGCGGCCACGGACGAUGACAGCGAAAUGAACAACCUGCAGAUCGCCGUGGGCAGAAUACACAAAGGCAUCGCGCUGAUCAAAUCCGCUCUCCGGCACUUCCUCCAGCAUCUCUGCCUAUCUGCCGCCAAACCUGGCGCCUUGAAUGAGGAGAAGCCCCUGGACGACCUCCACGUCGACACCAAAGAGAACUGCCUCUCCAACCACGCUCCGGUGGUCGUCGACCUCACCAAAGACUAUCUGAAGGGAGUCUCCCCCGGCAACGGGGUGGACGGUCACGUGAAGUAUGGAAUGGAGGAAGGCGACUACAUGUCGUUCAUACACAAUCCCAGCCUGACAGUUACCGUGCCCAUAGCAGUGGGAGAGUCUGACUUUGAGAAUCUCAACACGGAAGAUUUCAGCAGCGAUUCGUCGGACGUGGAGGGCAGUAAAGAGAAGCUGCCGAUCGACACCGUUCUCAGUUCCUCAGAAGGAAGCACAGUUGAUAUCCGGCCUCCCGGAGAGGGGGCGGAGUCUGUCGAGUUGGAGCCGGAGGAGUCCAUGGACCCUGAGGCCUGUUUUACCGGAGGCUGCGUGAUGAGAUUUCAGUGCUGUCAGGUGAAUGUAGAGAAGGGAAACUGGAAAACUUGGUGGAACCUGAGGAAAACCUGCUUCAUCAUUGUGGAGCACAACUGGUUUGAGUCCUUCAUCAUCUUCAUGAUUUUACUCAGCAGUGGAGCCCUGGCCUUUGAGGACAUUUACAUCGAGCAGCGCAAGACGGUCAAGACGGUGUUGGAGUUCGCCGAUAAAGUCUUCACGUACAUCUUUAUUUUGGAGAUGCUUCUAAAGUGGGUCGCGUACGGCUUCGUCAAAUAUUUCACCAACGCCUGGUGCUGGCUGGACUUUCUGAUCGUUGAUGUGUCGCUGGUGAGUCUGGUAGCGAAUGCUCUUGGUUACUCUGAACUAACUGCCAUUAAGUCCCUGAGAACACUACGUGCUCUUAGACCUCUGAGAGCUUUAUCACGCUUCGAGGGAAUGAGGGUUGUGGUGAACGCUCUGCUGGGAGCCAUUCCUUCCAUCAUGAACGUGCUGCUGGUGUGUCUGAUCUUCUGGUUGAUCUUCAGCAUCAUGGGGGUGAAUCUUUUCGCUGGGAAAUACUACCACUGCAUCAAUAUUACCAGUGAUGAGAUGUUUCCCAUCGACGUGGUCAACAACAAAUCCGACUGCAUGGCCCUGAUCGCAAACAAUGAAUCAGCACACUGGAAAAACGUGAAGAUUAAUUUCGAUAAUGUGGGAGCCGGAUACCUGGCACUACUGCAAGUGGCCACGUUUAAAGGAUGGAUGGACAUUAUGUAUGCGGCCGUGGACUCUCGCAAUUUGGAGCAACAGCCGGAAUAUGAAAAAAACCUUUACAUGUACCUGUACUUCGUCAUCUUUAUCAUCUUCGGCUCUUUCUUCACUCUCAAUCUCUUCAUUGGUGUCAUCAUCGAUAACUUUAACCAGCAGAAGAAGAAGCUUGGAGGUCAGGACAUCUUCAUGACAGAAGAGCAGAAGAAAUAUUACAAUGCCAUGAAGAAGCUUGGAUCAAAGAAGCCCCAGAAGCCCAUUCCCAGACCUGCGAACAAGUUUCAAGGUCUGGUCUUUGACUUCAUCACCAAACAAGCCUUCGACAUUGUCAUCAUGAUCCUGAUCUGCUUGAACAUGGUGACCAUGAUGGUGGAAACAGAUGACCAAACGAAGGAGAUGGAUGAAAUCUUGUACUGGAUAAACUUGGUUUUCAUCAUCCUCUUCACUGGAGAAUGCAUUCUCAAGAUGAUCUCCCUGCGGCAGUACUACUUCACCAUCGGCUGGAACGUCUUCGAUUUUGUUGUGGUGAUUCUGUCAAUUGUUGGCAUGUUCCUCUCCGACAUUAUCGAGAAAUACUUUGUAUCGCCAACGUUAUUCCGAGUCAUUCGGCUGGCCAGAAUCGGACGCAUUCUUCGUCUCAUCAAAGGAGCCAAAGGCAUUCGUACUCUUCUGUUUGCCUUGAUGAUGUCACUUCCUGCCUUGUUCAACAUUGGCCUUCUCCUCUUCCUGGUCAUGUUUAUCUAUGCCAUCUUCGGAAUGUCUAACUUCGCCUACGUGAAGCGGGAGGCGGGGAUCGACGACAUGUUUAACUUCGAGACCUUCGGGAACUCUAUGCUCUGCUUGUUCCAGAUCACCACCUCCGCGGGAUGGGACGGUCUCCUGGCACCCAUUCUGAACAAACAGGCUCCCGAAUGCGACAGUGAAACAGAGCACCCGGGCAGCAUUUACCGCGGCGACUGUGGUAACCCUUCGGUCGGCAUCUUCUUCUUCGUGAGCUACAUCAUAAUCUGCUUCUUGAUCGUGGUGAACAUGUACAUCGCAGUGAUCCUGGAGAACUUCAGUGUGGCCACCGAGGAGAGCGCCGAGCCGCUCAGCGAGGACGACUUUGAGAUGUUCUAUGAAGUCUGGGAGCGCUUCGACCCCAACGCCACGCAGUUCGUGGAGUACCACAAGCUGUCCGACUUCGCAGACGUUCUGGACCCUCCCUUGCGCAUCCCGAAACCCAACAAGAUCCAGCUGAUAGCCAUGGACCUGCCCAUGGUGAGCGGCGAUCGAAUCCACUGCCUGGACAUCCUGUUUGCCUUCACGCUGAGGGUCCUGGGCGAGGAGGGUGAGAUGGAUGCCCUGAGAGGACAGAUGGAGGAUCGAUUCAUGGCCUCCAAUCCGUCGAAAGUCUCUUACGAGCCCAUCACCACGACCCUUCGGCGCAAACACGAGGAGAUGUCUGUCAUCAUCAUACAGAGGGCCUUCCGACGCUACCGCAUAAGGCAGACUGUAAAGAAGGCCGUGGAAGCGUAUCGCCAACGGCUGAAGGACGGAGUAGCGGCCAUCCCGGAGAAGGAGGUGCUCGUCAUCGGAAAGUUUCACGAGAACUCGACGUCAGACAAAACGGACAUGACUCCGUCCUCCGCCUCUCCGCCAUCCUACAACAGCGUGGCCAAAUCGGAAAAGGACAAAUAUGAAAAGGAAAGGAGAGAGAAAGAGGACAAAGCAAAUGACGCGAGGGACAGAAAAAAAUGAGCGAUGGACUGUUUAUUUUUUCAAUUAAGAGACACUGUUUACAGGGCAGAUAGAGAGCAGCGGGUGUGGUUCACCUCCAACGGUUUUGGAACUAAUGCCAAACUGAGCGUGUGUGUGGGGCUGAGUUUGUUUGUUUGUGUGUGUGUGAGUGUGUGUGUUUUUUUGUGUGCGUCCGUGCACCGAGCUAGCCUUAGGGUGCGUCCAUGGAAAGCGUUCAUUUUAGAACAGUGCCAGCGUCAACGCGACAAACACGCAUGCGCGCUUAAAAGUGUAUGACUGUUGUAUCCCUGAGGAAAGAAAGUGGCAAGCGUGGCGCCUGAGUUCGUCUUUUAGUUUCGAGUGUUGUCAAACAAUCAUGAGGACUGAGAGGAACUGUUAUAGUCAUGGGUAGCUAGCGCUAACCGCUACCACUGGUGUCUUUCUUAAUGAAUGGCGUAUUAUAUACCUGCACAUUUUUGUUAGCUCAUUUUUUAUCAUGUUGAACUUUUCUACUCAUGGGUUUGAUUGUCUGAACUACUUCAUUAAAGGCCACGUCUGUAAUGGGGCGAUCAUCAGGUGGGGGCGAACGGAAAACAUUGCCCCGGGCCAGUGAGGAGGUGGGCAGCCAAAUGCAUAUUUAUACUGCUGGAAGGCUCAGAGAUUACAUAUUUUUGUAUGCAAAACCCGGAAGCGAGUUAGCAUUUGAGGAGUUACGGUUCCAUCGCUUUAAAGUAUGUGGGGGUUUUUAAUGGGUUUUGGGAAAUCCCUUCGAAAUAAGGUCUGUGGUAAACAAUACCACAAAAUCUUUUCACAUUUCUAUAAAAUAAAACACACAAAUUAUAACCCACUUGUGAUUUUUUAAAGCCAUAUUGUGUCUUAAAAACAGCGAUUGCUGACAAGUUGCUAAAAGCGAAUACUUAUUUUGGCGUGGACGUUAGACGUCAUCACACCUAUAAAGCUCACAAAUAAUGCAACAUGGGCACACAUAUUUUUAAUUGUAGAUGUGGAUUAAUUCAUAGAGUAGUUACUUACCAGGGAACACAUUUUUAAUAAUGUUUGAAAGUGUAAUCUGUUUAUAGCAUCAUGUUAGCUUUUUACUUCUGCCGAUUGUAUUUCGGCUUCAAACGUUACAAAUGUUGUAUUAAUUCGUGAAGAUUAUCUAGAUUACCGAAACGUAUGAACAUUUAAUAAUCACGGAGCAUAUAUUUGGCGAUCUUCCAAAAGUCUAUUUGGAAAAUGCAUAGGCUUCCAGUCGAGGGAAGUAGCGUGGCACUUACUUCCGGGUUAGCCUACAAAAAUACGUCAUCUCUGAGGUACUGGAGCGGGAGCCCUGUUAUAAAUCGGGCCCCAUUAAUUCAAGGGGGGCCCCAGUCAUUAGCGCACCUGUGAUGGGACCACGUUUAUUUAGCGCUAGCGAAUGCCGAACAAAAUCACACGUAUACAUUAGCAUCCCAAGCGUAGAAAAUCAAUCGACUGUACAAAUCAGGAUUUUCACUAACAGAAUGUUUUUUUUGUUAUUGUUAGUCAAUGAAGCUCUGCAUUGCCUUACUGAACACGAACAAGAAAAUGGUCUGAUCAAACAUAAUAUUUUACUGCCAAACUUAACCACUCAGACUUUUAACUUGGUAACCACAGAUGAAGGGAAUCGCAGGGCAUCCAUCCACCCCUCAAAGCAGACGUUUAGAAUCCCGAAUGUAUACGCUGAUAACCGUAACCGGAAGUGAUGUAACCCUACUGAAUGUCUAUGUACCAGAUAUGUCUCACCUCAUUAAUUUUGAACAAAUGCUUAUAUAUAUAUAUAUAUAUACAUAUGAAUAUAAAUAUAUACAUCUUCCGAGUUUGAAAGCGUACCGUGCAUAGGUGCAGGUCAUCCAAUCAGCGGAUCUCUGCUGAAGAACAAUUUCCUUUGUUUUGAGGUUCAAUGUCUCACACAAAGAGUUGGGUUGAUGACAUGAGCUCUUCUGGUUAUCUAGUAGUGGUGGUUUUGUAUAUAUAUGUACUGGCACGCUGUAUCUCACCUCUGUACCCGACUCUGUAGAGGAGCACUUUUACAUGCCACUUAAAACUGUCAUCUGGAUGCCUGUAAUUUGUGUGUGUGUGUGAGCGAGAGAGAGAGAGAGAGAGAGAGAGAGAGAGAGAGAUGAAGAGUUUGAAAAAUAAAGAUGAGAGAGUAUUCAUGAGAGAGAGAGAGAGAGAGAGAGAGAGAGAGAGAGAGAGAGAGAGAGAGACAUGUGUUUUGACCGUAUGUACCGGGGCCACCGUCGAUGUGCUUUAUUCAUCCUUUUUAUUGUUUAUAUUGUAAAUAGUAGCUUCAAGCUCAUGUUCUUUUGUUUUGUUCUUUUUUAUUGACUUACUUUGUUUACAUUUUUUUGCACAGCGCUACAUGUGAGGGCCGGCUCCUGGUUUUAAAUGUACAUAAAAAUUUAUGAAGCAAUCAGUGGUCGUCAUAUUUCCUUCGUAGUGUGGUAGUAAACUGCAUGCACUAUAUUAACCAACCACAUGGUGACGUUAUUUUAAGCCAAAAUAAUAAAUAUCAUAUCUUUUGUACCAAAGUUUUAACUUGUUAUAUUCGUUUUGACGCGUACGUAUCUCGAAUUUGCGGAACUGUAUCAUUUACACGGAGAGCAAUUUCUUUUUGCGUUACUUAAAAUGUUUAUGAUUUUUUUUGAAUGUGCAAAAAUGAACUUCUGUCCUCUAGAGCAGA